UUGCAUAUGAAGAGCAUUAUUUUCAACUCUGCUUGUCAUUUUGUAAUUUAACGUUGGUUCGUUUUGUGCAAGGAAAUAUAGCGGAUUGUCAGUUAUUUAAUUGCAAUUUAAUUCAAUUCAGUUCAAUAUAAUACAAGAAGAAAUGCAUUAUGGACAUGAAAGCUCAAGAUCUCUGUUAAGUACGGUGCUGCAGGAUAAAGCCCUCCGGGAGAAGGCGGAAGAUGAAUUACACGAAACAGCUGAAUCCCGAGGGGAAGAAUCACGUGAUCUCAUUUCUUGGAUUGAAAAGGGGGAAGAGAAAGUACCAAAACUGACCGAUUCCUGUUACCUCUGGUCAUUUUUGCGAACUUCCAAAUUCCGCCAAGAUGCGACACGUCAGCGGAUGAGAAAUUACUGGUAUUCUAGGCGCAAGGCAAUCAUGCAGGUCAUGAAUGACAUUGACCCGGCGUCCCCUGAUAUACUUAAUAUACUUAAAGGCCCAAACGCUGUUUACAUACCAUUGCCAGGAUAUGACAAAGAAGGCCGGAAAGUUAUACUUGCACGAUGGAAUCAGCUGGAUGUAAGUGGCAGUGCGUACAGUUUUAACGACUGGUUUCGGGCAAUUACUCUCGUGUUCGAUGCCUUAUGCUUCUUGGACGAAAAGGUUAUGGUGAAUGGAGUUACUUUCCUAAUGGAUGCUAAAGGUGUUGCUAUGAAACACCUCAUGUUUUUUGGUUUCAACAACUGUCGAAAACAAUUUGCUGUGAUGCAGAAUGGAUACCCCAUUCGCAUCAAGCAGGUCCAUUACAUAAACAAUAAUCGAGUUAUAGCGUUCUUUCUUGGGGUUGUCAAAUCAGUCGUCACGGCAAAACUUGCCAACAGGAUUCAACUGCAUGGCUACCAAUACGACACUGUAUUUGAUUAUAUUGACCAGUCAAGUCUUCCGGAUGAGUACCUAGCGGCUGAUUAUUCCGGAGAAAGGGCGGGUACUUCACAAGAAAUAAUGGAACGGUUUAUAAGGGAAAACAUCUUAGAGCCUACAAAGCUUGACUUUCUACGAAGAUUAUACAGUGCCAACAACAUUUCUGAAGACAGUGACACGGCGUCGAGUGAGGAAGACUUUGACGAUGCCGUCGCCGAAGACAGUGAUCACUUUUUUGAAGACGCGAUGAAUGAAGAAGAAGCCGAAUCUUUCUUUGAAGAAAGCGUCACACAAAACACUGCUGCAAAAGAAGAAUGAAUUAAACGCGACUGAACUUGAAAAUACUUUGAAAGAAUUGAUCUUUCUGAAGAAAGGUAAAAAUAUGUGAAGAAACAGAAAAUCUGUCUUCAUGAACAACGUCGAUUGAAAUGUACAGUCGUUACAGAAUUGAGUGUUCCUCCUCCCAGUAAACACGUAAUCAAAUUGUUAUAAGUAGCCGCAAUAACAUAUCGAUGUGUCGUGGGUUACGGCCACUCUAGAAGAAACAUAAGUAAUUUUCUUGCAUGGUCUAUACUUUUUCUUUACACUAACGGAUAUCACUAUAAGUUGAAAAAAAACUUUCGCUACAGCAAGGCAAACUGUUUCGAAUCCUUCGAGGUAUUUGUCUUCAUUGAAUUUUUUUUUUUUGACUGUUUAUAACUUUUUCCAACACAGAUAUGUUUGUACGAGAAUGUUGUCGUACGCGGUGGGAUCGGCACAAAUGACUAUCAUAACACGGCACAGAACACGCAUGUUAUUUUAUGACUUCACAUCAUAUAUCGCGGACAUUCGAGUCAUCUGCACACAAUUCUAUUUACAAAUUUAUUUUCAGAAUUCAUACAUGUGCUGCUUUUUUCUAGCAUACUCGCAUGCAUUUCAUUGACAUGUGUACAUGUUCAUUUUCGCAUCAUGACACCGACAUGUUAUAUCAUUACAUAAACACUAGAAUGAUUGAAUGUUUCAUUUAUUUCCAACAUUUUUCCUUUUCAGUCUAAUUGUUUUGGAUGACAUUUGCUGUUUACUAAGUGAUACUUGCUGAAACCCUGUUGAUGUACUCAUUUACCAUAAUUGUUUAGUGUAAUGAUAUUUAACCGGUGAGAAAGUAUAUUUGAGCCGUGCCAUGGGAAAACCAACAUAGUGGG